AUGGAGCGUUUCCGAAUGUCCAAGCAAACAUUUCUUGAGUUGGUGGAGGCUCUACGGCCACGUCUCGAACGUCAAACCACCACCAUGCGUGUGCCAUUAUCCGUGGAGAGGAGAGUCGCCGUAGCGGUGUGGUACCUCGCCAACGGGUCAAGCUAUCAGGUGGCGAGCGACUUGUUUGGCAUCGGACGGUCCACGGUCGCAUCCUCGGUAAUAGAGUUCUGCUUUGCUGUGGAACUAGAACUUCUCUCGAAAACAAUAUGCAUUGGUCCCGACGUUGGAAAGAUAAUGGAUGGCUUCGAUCGCCUUGGAUUUCCGCACUGCAUAGGCGCUAUAGAUGGCACCCACAUUCCCAUUUGCGCUCCGGGGGGAAGGCCAGAUCAAUAUGGUAAUCGGAAGAACUAUUCAUCCAUUCUUCUUCAAGGAACUGUAGACUCAUCAGGACGCUUCAUCGACGUGGAGGUAGGGUGGAGUGGGAAAAAUCAUGAUGCCUUUGUCUUUACCCACUCCGCCCUCUGUAUUGCCAUGGAUGCCGGCUCCCUGGUUCCUGGGAACCCUUGCCUGGAUUUGGAUGGUGUGGUGGUUCCACCGAUCAUCAUUGCGGAUGGUGCCUACCCCUUGCGUCCCUGGCUGAUGAAGCCAUACGGCCGGACAGCAGAAGCGGGACAUCACCGAGACUUUGAUAGGAGACUUUGCAGGGCUCGCAACAAGGUGGAAUGUUGUUUUGGUCGUUAUAAGGGGAGAUGGCGUUGUUUGUCCAGGCGUCUGCAGGUCAGAGAACAAAAUGUGGUCUCUGUUGUCACUGCUUGUGCUGUCCUACAUAACUUGUGUGAGGAAAGGGGUCAUCCGGUGUUGGGUGACCUGGAAUCACCAGAACCCAUUCGCAUACAGGCUGAUGAGGAUGAUGACAUGGCCACAAAUGGUGAGAAUCUCGCAGCAGGAAAGGUAGUGCGGGAGGCCUUGGCAAGGUUCAUGGCCGCCGCAGGAUCAAGAGAGUAG